CCGAAGUUGAGUAUUGGAAAACGGCCCAGGUCUACGAUCGCACGGCAUCACGCAGCACAUGGCGAGGAAACAGCGAGGGUCCGGUGAGUAUUGCCAGUUGCACGUGACUCGUACCAGCUGUUGAUGCGGUUAUGCCCACGAUAUAAUAGUCUCAGUUACCAGGUCAUCAGGGUACCCCUCCGGUGGCUGGUAACAGCUGUCGAGGCUGCCCAUUCACGGGCCAUUGUGCGCCCAGAAUGAUAUAUCAUGGUAUACAUAAGAACAGAAGUUUAUUACCGAUUAUUUCCAGACUCAUAAAUAAAGCGCCCGGCAAUUAGCGUUGAGCGCCAUUAUGUACUUUGCUCUGUGGUCUAAGGGAUUUUAGUACUGACAGUACUAAGUGUUAAUAUUUUACAACUCAACAUUUUUCUCCACAUUUGGGUUGUAGACAAAUAAUUACUCACUAACUGCAAGUACGCCAGAACCAAAUUUCAUGGUGACACGGGCACUUUUAUCAUGAAUGUGCGUGGAGAAAGAAACGAGAUGGCAAUGCUAUCGCCGAUUCUUGAGGCCAGAAUUAACCGAAAUUUGAAUCCCCACUCGUGAUAUCAGGCGCCAGGGUGCAAUUUUCAGACACAUACCCCUAAAAAGUUCUUUCUGUCCUUGUUGAUCCAAUUUCCAGGUGCAACAGGCAGCAACAAGCACUUCAGAACUGAUCUCUGGUCUUUCAGGCAGAAGAAUUAAAAAAAAUGUGCCCACUUUUCCAGGCAGUAGGCGAGUCACGUGUCGGCCUUCAGCACUCGCUCGGUUAGUUUCUUCUCAAGGCGACGUGGAUGCCAGGCGCGCCGGUUUUUGUUAUUGUGUGUGAUCGGGGGUCUGCCAUGUGGCCCCCACCGCGGGGCCUUUGAGGCCUUAGGGGAGAGACCAAACGGGGCCGUAAAAUUGGGGCUGGCGCGUGAUCAAGGCAGCUUGCCAAGAAUUUACGCUGGUCGGAACAGAUACUUAACAUAAAGGAGGAGGUAAAUAUUCAUCAGAUGCCCCCAUUUUGUGCAAUUAAAUGAAAAUUAUGUUCUGCCCUGUAUCAUAAAUUUAAUGUUUGAAGAUGUGUCGAGGAUUCUGACAGGAAAGUACUUCUAGUAACGGAACUUGCUCCUCGAAAAAAAUAAAGUGGUAUACUAAAUAAAGCUGCGGUACAUGCAAAAUGCGUAUGCGAUAUACUGCAAAAUGUCUUACUUCAUUCAUAGGGUGUCAUUUAUUAUCAUUUCACAAAACGAGACCACAGCUUUAAAAGUUAUCCAAGGAUAGGGGGAGCAACGGGGCCAUGCCCCACCCCCAGAAUGAGGAAAUCAAUUAGAAAAGGGCAAUUUUGUGAUCUUUUUCAUUUCUGUCACUUUCAAAAGCGUGUAAAAAGCCCCAAUGUAUAGCUGUACCACUCAAGAGCCAUAAAUGGUUACACCCGAACUUUUUAGGCUCCCCAAACAAGUUGCCUGCCACCUUGAAAAUUCUUGAAGUUAUCGUGCACUGUCAUAAUCCAUAUAAUCGGGAUUCCUAAAAAAACUACAUGGCACUGUAACUCGAACCCCUCCCCCCAAAAAAAAAUCUACUGAAAAGACAAAAGAAAGCCAGGCAAUUAAUACGGGCAAAACCCACUAAACUGACGGGUAUAACGUAAUCGAACCCUUGCACGAGAUUAAAAAUGCGAGAGAAGUCUUGCUGCAUCAACCCGACUCUAAAUCCCCUUAUUAUAUCUGCAGUUUAUCAGGAAAUGCACGCAACAAGGUCAAGUGGUACAUUAUGAGCCCAAAGUGAAACAAACGACUCAUGCGACCCACACAACGAUUUUCCAGCGCAGACGAGGAACUUCCCUCCAAGUUCAAAGCCAAAUUCGCGAGGCACGCGAACCCAUUAAAGUCCACAUUAUCUAGAAUCAUCCACCGUUGUCGACAAAGAGUGAACACACUUGAUUUACGAAAACAGCCGACAUCCGAUUACGGGCUCACCAAUACAAAGACAAGUUACAACCAGCUGGCCUAAUAAAAAUUUGGGGCAGAUAAUGUGGACAAGCAACCGGUACGGAAGUGUGGUGAAAACCUUUCCAUUUCUCGCUCGCUUUGCCAGGAUCAAGGACACCAUUACAACAGUCUUUUGUUGACAAGCGGGUUGGAUGCCAGCGCAGCCAAAAGUAGACCACCACCUGUUCUACAAUCCAAGUUCUAGCUGAGGGUUUCCUACUACAUACUGAUAAAAAUGGCGGGAAACAUAACCCACACCCACCCUACCAUCGCAAUGCAUCACCUUGACAACAGCUGUUCGACUUUACCGGAUGCACAGAGGAAACUAAGCACGACCUUCUAUCUCUGAGCAAGUUAAUGACACGGUAACCAAAACAUAUUUUUCCCGCGAGGGAAGACUUUGUGAUUUAUCCAGGACAAAGGUACUGGACGUUCAAAUAACUUCGCAGAAUGUGAGUACCCAUUGGAAAAUGUUUUGACUUGAAAAAUCAGUUUAAAAAUCGAAGAAAACGACAUUGGGUAUCCCCAAACGACUGCGGAUGCUUAGUCAAGGAGAGCAGUGAGAGGAAACUUUGUGAGAAUUCUUGAACAAUAUUAAAACAUGAACCCUAGAAAAAUUACUGGUCACAAGUAGACUGCUAAAUCUCAAAGGUUUACAGACUCGUGCAUGAGGGAUACGAACCACAUUACUGUGGUCUGAGCAUGAAUACAGCGACACAGCAGCCUCACUACUAACUGCAAGUACAUGUUUUCUUUGCCUUUAAUAAAGCGUGUAAACCUUUGGCAAUAAUUCUGUGCAGAAACCUGUUUUCCGCAUGCAUGAAAGAUGCCAGCUAGGUAGACUGAACUUCCACAACACCUCUCAUUAGGCCCCCAGUAUCACAAGCACGCGAGGGGAGUGAGCUCACCCUGCUGGCACCGCUCACAAACUUUGACGACGGUCCUGAUUGGCUGGGAUGUGUUUGGACGACAUCGCUCACGCAGCCAGACAACUGGCAUACGAAGGGGGCGCAGUUUUCUAAAACAAGCCAGCAGCACGCGCCGUGGCCAGCGACAUAUGCCUGGUAUUUGCCGCCCCGCUAACGACCCAUUGUUGCACCUUUUGCAAUUGGGCUCCGGAAUGGUUUUGCUUCGACUUGGCCCCCGCGCGGACCCCAAACGGCGUUGCAUAGGGCACGUGUGUAGCGGCCGAACACCUUUUGUAAUGCGUCACGCCUUUGUGUACAGAACCAAUCAAUCAACAAAUAAGCCACGCCUCUUCGAAGUUUGAUCCAGGGGAGUGCAUCGAGAAUGUCCUGAUUCAGUCCCGAUUUUCUGGAAUUUGUUCAAAGGUUUACACACAGAAAUUACUUCUUGUGUAACAUUUACACAAAGUUAGAAACGCACAGUUUGACGUAAGAAAGCUGUGCCUGCUUCUAUGCCUGGUUAAUAUCUAUUGCCACCCCUACGCAACAGUGGACUCGCCGGACAAGUGGAAUUUGUUAUUUACAGACACUUUUGAGGGAUCUGCGAGCGAUAAGCUGUCACGAGUGGAGCUAGCUAGGUAACGACGGCGGUCUCGCGUAGCUUGUGUCAGCCACGCAAGAAGUUUUAACCCCGAGUUCUCUUGGCACGAACCAGCACAGUAUACUCGCCAAACUCCUACAGUCAUUACCUGUAUUCUGUUAUCAACACCAUGGUGUAGAUUUUCUGCGGAAUUAAAGUUAGGACUGUGGAACAGAUGUGGGUACAGCAUCGGAUCAGUCUUGUUCUAUAUUGAGCACAUGGUUGCGAAGUCAUCCGAGUCGGGCCUCGAGUUCAGCAACACGUUAAGCACUCAUGCUGCGUGGCACCAUGACUUAGAAUCGCAUCAGAAAUCAAUAUCUUCGCCACGCUGCUGAAGCGCCAUCGAGCGCGAUCUCUAAGAGCGAAGUCACUCCAAAAGAGUUCCUCCGCUGACUGGACUAACCAUAGAGAAAGAGCUGGCGAUGGGUUUGCACGGGAGGUGUAAAGGCCCCGGCCCGUAUCCGCCAGCGGUGUGGUGUUGCUUGAUCACGGGACUUUUGACAAGUUUUCUGUUGGAUGUGGUUGUUGGGAGUGGGAGUUACUCAAGUAGCUUGUGUGAUUGGUCUGGAAGCGGACUGACAGAAGAUCCAGCUGACCGCUUGGUACAUCAGCUUUAUUUCCAGUGUCCACGGGGGCGAGUUACAUGGACCUUUCCAACCAGUGCUAUUCGGAUCACGUUUAAAAGCGGCAACUUGGAUGAAGAUUUUUUAGCGUGCUUUAAAACCUCGGCGACGAGCAGCGGUGUAAAUAUCUACAAGGAAACACAAAGCACAUUGAAGAUGCUUGUGGUGUUAAACAGCCUUGAACUGAGGAGGGAUUUUUAUGAGGAAGGGAAAGCACAUCGGACGGUUUCUCCCAAUUCUGGAGCCAGUGAGGUUCACUGCUUUAGCUCUGAAAAUGGCAGAGCAACUCUCUUCCUUGAGGCCAGUCUGGACAAUUUAGGAAUUGUUAAGCAAAUUGUGGAUAUACACUAUCUGUUGGAACCACUACCGAGCAGUCAUCCUCAUCAAAGUGUGGAAGACUGCAGACCUUGUAAUGACAGCGAAAUCAUGAGAUCUUUCUGUUCAAGUGACUUUGCCGUCAAGUCCAGUAUGCGAGACGUUAUGCACGACAGUAUUUCCCAAACAGCCUUCAUCGACCUGUCUAUCAGCCAUGUCUUCAGACAGCGAGACCACAUCUUCACCCCAGCUUCUCACAGCCGCUACUCCGGGGUGGUGGUCAAGCCCCUGAGAUGCGGGGUGCGAUGGGGCGAAGGACACUUUCUGAUGAUGGGGAGUUUCGUGUUGGGCCAAGCUCGGCUGGGCUGUUCGCCCAGGUACUCCCAAGCCAGGAGGAUAGCAAAGGACUUCACCGCCAGGGGACUAAACGAGUGUGACUUGGAUGAUAUCAUCCACUUACAUCAUAACAGCAAGCACUGAUGGACCAAUUACGACACGGGUGUGGAUGAGGAACAAUUUUUGUGGCCAGCAUUCCUGGAGACCAUGAUUUCUGGAAAGAGCUGAUACUGAAGAAAAAAAAACAACUUUCGCCAGGACACAUAGCGUGGAAAACCAUGACGAGAUCUUGGUAAAUUAGACGAGUUUGACGACAACGCUUGAAGGUCACUGUUUUAUCAUUCCAAAUAUCAAUGAUGUUUAGAAUGCCAAACUCUCUGCAAGACAAUUACUUCAAAAUCCUAAAUGAGUGAUUCAGUCUAAGAGAUGUUAUGUGACAUAGUCACAUAGCCUUUUGGAAAUUUGAAGUUACAUUGAAUUUUUCAGCACAUUACACUCAUUAUAAAUUUAGAUAUGUAACCUGCAUACAUGUAGUUGUUACACACAUAUACCUCACUGUGCAUGUUUUAAACAUAGCCUUGUUUUGGUAAUAGUUAACGGUGCUAUUUAUCAAUAGCAGGGGUGUGAGAAUUCAGCUUUUUAGCUGAUUUCAGCCUUUUUUUGUUUAGACGUCGACCCAGAAUUUGAGCUUU